GCUGUGAUAUUAACAAAUCCCGCGACUUAACUGGCAGUUGACGCGUGCUCAUUAUGAUUGACAUAUCUAUCUCGCGUCUAAGUGGCUAUUGUGCGGCAGUAUUAUGAGUGGGGCGUAAACCAUGUCAUUACCCAGUCUUCAGGUAUCAUAUGUGUUGGUUUCGCUUUAUUAACGAUAAAUUUCUAAAGGUUUAAAGUUCUCUUAAAUGGGUGAAACUUUUGUUGUAAAUGGUAGAUGCAGAGGAAAUGCAAGUGCAUCUUUAGCAAUUUUGGAUCUUAUUAGAAGAGACAAUACCAUUAUAUCAUUAAAUAGAAACCGGAGAUUAAUGAGUCGUUGGGCAUUAGAACGGGAUGCAUUUAGAAGGUACCUACCACGCCCUAACUUACCGGGAGUGAUUAAUGCAGAUAUGGAUGAAUAUGUAGGGAAUCAAAAUGGCCAACAAUUUGAAGCAGAUGAAAACUUGGAUAGAUUUAGAGAGUGCCUACCUUGCCCUAACUUACCGGGAAUGAAUAUAGAAGAAUAUGCACAAGGGAUUAACAGAAAUCAAAUAAGCCGAACAGGAGAACCGGGUCAGACGCAAAGAAUAUUUUGAAACAGGAAGAAUCGAUUCGACAGUACAUCAGAUAAAAAACUCUUAUCUUCCGAAUACCUUUGUAAGGCCCUUGCGGUCUCUCCUGCAGUUAAAUAUACCGUAAAUAUAUUGUUUGUUUGUUUUGUUUCUUUGUUUCUUUGUUUUUUUUUAUUUUCUGGACACUUACGAAUAAUAAUGCUACGACUCAUUAGAAAUACGUCGGCCAUUUGAACAUUUCAAAAAUGAUGCUGACAAUACUAUAGCUUCAAAUUAUUCAUGCAUGGUAUAUUAAAGAACACAUUGUAUGAAUAUGUGUUUUUCGUUGUUGUUGGUUUUUAUAUUUUUUGGUUAGGUUUUACGUCACGACAACACAAUACACAAUCAUAUUGCGACAUUCAAGCUUUACUGGACGAGGAAGACAUCAGGUGCUCGUACGUUUAUUUUUACGGGUACCUAUAUUAGAGCAACAAACGUUCAUUAGAUAGAGCGACAGCUUCUUAACAAAAAAGAAUCCAAAGUCCCUGGCUUGAUUCAAACCUAAAGUGGUGAGGGGCAAGUUGUAUGAAGUCAACUACACAAGCCACAGGACCAAAGAAGCCCCACAUGUAUUAUCACGGGGACAACGUGACACUAUCUACCGUUGUAAAGCAAUGUAUAUUGAC